AUGACUCUCUCCAUCGUGGAGGCCAAUGAUCUAGUCUUCCAGGUGGACAAAUCCUCCAGUCCUGCAUGCUACUUCCAGUUGGAGUGCACUGGCAAGACGGCUCAGGGUGUGGAGAAAGUGCGUGUACCUAUCCGUUCUGCACAAGGUCCUCCUGGACCCAAAGGUGACAGGGGUCCACGGGGGCUUCAAGGUCUCAUGGGUCCUCCUGGGCCUCCUGGUCCGCCUGCUAAAGCGCCACCGUUGGUGCCCCAGGCGUCGCGUCCACCGCAGAUCGCCUUCUACAUUGGCCUCUCCCAAAACAUUGAUCAAGUGCCUCCGGGCGAGAAUUGUCCCCUCAUCUUCGACACGGUCAUUCUGAACGUGGGCGGCUUCUACAAUGCCUCUAACGGCGUCUUCAUCACCAAAAUCAGCGGUGUUUAUAGCUUCCUACUGGUGGUGUCGGCUCGCAGCUAUGAGAAAGCGAGUGCGUGGCUCAUGUUGAAUGGUCAGAAGGUGUUGUCUGCUUGGUGUGAAAGCAAACCCUGGGCCAGCACCACAAAUCAGGCCAUCCUCCAACUAAAACGUGGCGACAAACUUUGGCUUCAAUGCAGCAAAGAGGCGUACCACCUUCAUGGCUACCUCUACAGCAGUCUCUCUGGUCACAUGCUCUUUCCCACCACUGAUGAGGUCGAGUGA